GAGAGAGAGUGAAGAAGCCAUAAAAUAGUAUCUUCUCGCAAUGCUCUCCGAUUCGAAUUCAUCUUCGUCGCCGGCGGCUGCUGCUGCAUCAUCCGACAAUGAUGGAAAUAACGACUCUGAUCCCAACCCUAACCCUAACCCUUCCCCCAAUCUAAUCGAUCAGUCUCUGGAUGCUAUAGAGAAUCAACUAGCUUCCAUUUCAAUGUCUUACCCUGAAACGGAGUCAGAGACGGAUUUUGAUGCCUCUGGAACGUCGCAGUUGAAUGAGCUUGGAAAUGGAUCGUUUCAUGAUGAAAUAGAAACAGAAGACCCGGGUGCUGAGGAGGAGCCGAAUUUUGGGAAUUUUCUGGACGAAGCCAGCUCAUCCAGAGCUGGCAGCAGUACGUUGAUUUGGAGGAGCAAUUCCGAGGAGGUGGAUGAAGCGGAUGCGUUGCCAAGCCCAAGUAGCAGUGCUUAUGCGGGCGAGAGGGGGAGUAGUGUGUCCAGUAGCAGGGGCUCUGGAAUUGGGGAUGAGAUUUGCGAAGUCGGUAAUGGUGACUCCGGUGAUGGAGUUUCGGAGUCUAAUUUGCAGUGGGCUCCAGGAAAACGCCAUGGUGAUGAGGAUGAUGCUUCACUUUCUUGGAGAAAAAGGAAGAAGCACUUUUUUAUUUUGAGCCAUUCGGGAAAACCAAUAUAUUCUAGAUAUGGAGAUGAACACAAGUUAGCUGGAUUCUCUGCCACUUUGCAAGCCAUCAUCUCCUUUGUAGAAAAUGGAGGUGAUAGAGUUAAAUUGAUUAGAGCGGGGAAACACCAGGUGGCUUUUCUUGUCAAAGGACCUAUUUACUUAGUUUGCAUAAGCUGUACAGAGGAGCCUUACGAGUCACUAAGGGGACAACUGGAGCUGCUCUAUGGUCAGAUGAUUCUUAUUCUUACAAAAUCCGUGAAUAGAUGUUUUGAGAAGAACCCAAAAUUUGAUAUGACGCCAUUACUGGGAGGAACAGAUGUUGUUUUCUCUUCUCUGAUUCAUUCCUUCAAUUGGAACCCUGCAACCUUUCUUCAUGCGUACACAUGUCUCCCACUUGCUUAUGCAACAAGGCAAGCUGCUGGUGCAAUAUUGCAAGAUAUUGCGGAUUCUGGGGUCUUGUUUGCCAUAUUAAUGUGUAAACACAAGGUCAUUAGUCUUGUUGGUGCACAAAAAGCUUCACUGAACGCCGAUGAUAUGCUAUUACUCUCCAACUUUGUCAUGUCUUCUGAAUCAUUUAGAACUUCUGAAUGUUUUUCACCAAUUUGCCUGCCAAGAUACAAUCCCAUGGCAUUUUUAUAUGCAUAUGUGCAUUAUCUUGAUGCUCAGACAUACUUAAUGUUGCUUACUACAAAUUCAGACGCCUUUUUUCAUCUGAAAGACUGCAGGAUUCGUAUUGAACAGGUACUUUUGAAGUCCAAUGUACUAAGCGAAGUUCAAAGAUCGAUGGUAGAUGGUGGCAUGCGUGUUGAGGAUUUGCCUGUUGAUCCUGGUAUCCGCUCUGGAUCUGUAUCCCCUCAUCUGGGUCAGCCAAGACCAACAACAGGGCACACGGAAAAUAUUAGGGACGCAUUUUUCGGUACUGGAGGUCCUGCUGGGCUUUGGCAUUUCAUGUAUCGUAGUAUAUUUCUUGACCAGUAUGUGUCCUCAGAAUUUUCGUCGCCAAUAACUACCUCUAAACAGCAGAAAAGAUUGUAUAGAGCUUACCAAAAGCUUUACUCGUCAAUGCAUGACAAAGAAAUUGGGCCUCACAGAACUCAGUUUAGAAGGGACCAGAACUAUGUUCUUCUCUGUUGGGUUACACCGGAUUUUGAGCUUUAUGCGGCAUUUGAUCCUCUUGCAGACAAGGCUUUGGCAAUAAAGAUUUGCAAUCGCAUCUGUCAAUGGGUGAAGGAUGUCGAGAAUGAAAUUUUCUUGCUGGGAGCGAGCCCGUUUUCAUGGUAAUUCACCCAAAAUAUAUGUUUCUACAUGCAUUGUAGCAUUUUUUUUUUCUCCAAUAAAUUUCUGCCUUACUUUUUGAUAGGCACCAUAGUUUAUAUUAACCUCCUUAUCAUGGGAAUUGUAAUGUCUAAAUUUUGGAGUUAUUCAGUUUAAUAUAACUCUAGGGAUCAUAAUUUACAUGUAUCAGCUAUAUAUAUUCCAAUUCAGAAAAGUUGGAUACUUUACA